AUGGAUCUCGGCGAUGAGGAUGUUUUUCUUACACAAAAUAAAUUCUCUCAGGCCUUUGAAAACGAGGAAUUGGUUGAUUAUGGAUUUUUUUCGCACCAUGAAGGUCUUGACUUUCUUAAUUUGUCUGAGGAGGAGACUACCGUAGAAAAGACAGAUACAGAUGCUUCCAACAAUUCAUCAAUAACAGAAACUGAUUCAACCUCAAAUCGUAGUGAGGCAAAUGAUGCAAAUAGUGCAGGGUAUAGACAUAAACUACCCGUGACCCCUGAAGAAAUUUCGAAUUUAAUAGAGUCAGCAAUUCCUCAAUCGACGCGAUGUCAUUAUAAAUGGGGAUAUAACGUUUUCAGUAAUUGGCAAAAGGAGAGGAGGGCUCGCCCAGUUAGCGACAAUUUACCAAUCCCAGUCGAAGCACUUACACAGAGUAUCACAGAAAUGGAACCAUGCAUGAGGGACACAGCAUUGCAGUAUUUCCUAGCUGAAGCUAAGAAGACCGAUGGAAAUGACUACCCAUCAGCGUCCUUGUACCAGUUGUUUGUGGCUAUACAAGGACAAAUCAGAUUGAAUGAUCCGGCCGUAAAUCUGCUUACACAACCUACUUAUGUCAAGUGCCGCAAAGUACUGGACUCUAUGAUGAAAAAAAGAUCCGCAGAGGGGUUAGGUGCCGCCAGUCGAAGAAGGGCAGAACCCAUUUCAAGUCUUGAGGAAAACAUUUUGUGGGAGAGAGCAGUCAUAGGGUCGGAUAAUCCCCCAAAGCUGUUGGACACCAUGGUUUAUUUAAAUGGUAUACAUUUUGCAUUACGUGGCGGUAAAGAACAUCGUAAUUUGAGAUUGAACAAAAAUCCACAGAUAACUGGGCCAUUCAUUGAUUCAGAUUUAAACAAAAGAUAUAUUCUAUACAAAGAAGACAUAUCCAAAACAAAUUCUGGAGGCAUGAAAGACAAAAAGUAUAUACCAAAGACUGUAAAGGCGUAUGAAAAUAUAGAAUACCCAGACCGAUGUAUUGUUAGUCUUUUUGAAAAGUACAAACGCUUAUGUCCUAAAGAUGAAAUCGAUGCAUUCUAUUUUAAACCGCUUGUCAACUUUACAACAGACCAGUGGUUUUGUAAAGUCCCAGUAGGUCAUAAUACCUUGCAAAAAACUGUGAAAAGACUGUGUACAGCAGUUGGACUGGAAGGCAAGCGAACAAACCACAGCUUAAGGGCUUCGGCAGCAACACGACUAUACCAGGCAGGAGUUGAGGAACAACUUAUUUGUGAGACAACUGGUCAUCGUAGUAGUGCUGUUCGUAGUUACAAAAGGACAGCAAACUUCCAACAAAAUGAGUCAUCAGAGAUCUUGUAUGGCAAAAAGCAGAAAACUACCACGUGCACAGAGACGAAACUACAAUCGCCAGAGGAAAACACUAGUCAUGACACAUCACACCAAGUUGUUAACAUAGAGGCUGUCCGAAGACAAUCCGUCGCUGAGCCAACAACACUUAGUUUCACAUUCAAUAUAAAAAUUUAA